AUGAGCGAGCUUGUCACAUAUCUCCAAAAUAAUGAAGCUCAUUUCCGCAAAGCCCGUUUCGCUGCCCUCUAUUCAGACUUUCGACCCCUCCGUACCCUCAACCCAGAUGGCUACAAUGCUAACAUAUCCGCCUGGCUGAAAGGCCUCUCAUCCGCAACCCUCGCCGGCGCUGUACCAUCCUCCUCAGCAAAGCCUAAUCUACUCACCCUAACUAUUGACGAAGAUCUUCUCCGCGCACUAGACACGAAAGAAUGGGGCCGCCCACUUGCACUUGGGGUGGUGAUUAGGGAAGCUAUGGCGAGGAGGGAGAUGAUAAGCUUAAAGGAGUUCGAGGAGAGUGAAGAGAGUAUUUAUACACCUAAAAGCGGGUGGGGUUUGGCAAUUCCGCUGAGCCCAUGGGGUGUUUUGAAGUGGGGUGUUAGGAUGCUGGGGCUCGGUGGAGGUGUUAACGAGGACAAGCUACUAGUUGAGAAGGUGGUAGUGUUGAGCAACGUAGAGGAGGCAGGGAGGGAGCUUGUGAGGAGGGCGGAUGGGAUUAGAGGGAGGACUGAGAGGGUAUUCUCAAUGACGAGCUUUAAAGAGGCGUUUGGAGAUGUGUUAGGAAAGGAGAGGCUGUUAUCGGACUAUGAUUUUGGAGUCUUGUUGAGGUUCUUGGAGAGAGAUAAGAAGGUGCUGGCUUAUGAUGGGGAGACUGUCAAGUUGAAGGCCCCUGGGGAGGCAGAACCGGGCCCAAUUACACCCGAGGAUACGACAAUCGCGUCAUUGAAGACUCUGAUCAAAGACUUGGAGCGACAGACCGAGGUCUUAACUGCAAAGGUAGACGAGCUGGGUAGUACAGCAAAGGAUGCCGUGGUUCGGAAGAACCGGGUAGCGGCUUUGGCAGCUCUUCGAUCAAAGAAACUUACUGAGAGUACUCUUACGAAAAGACAUGCUACGUUAGGACAGCUGGAGGAAGUAUUCUCCAAGAUCGAACAAGCAGCAGAUCAGGUGGAGCUCGUCAGAGUCAUGGAGGCCAGCACCCGCGUACUUUCUGGCUUCAACAAAGAAGUUGGUGGCGUGGAGAGAGUGGAUGAUGUGGUGGAUCAAUUGCGAGAACAGAUGAGCCAAGUUGAUGAAGUUGGCAAUGUCAUCGCUGAAGUUGGACAAGGCACUGCGGUUGUGGAUGAGACAGAGGUCGAUGAUGAAUUUGAAGCUAUGGAACGAGAGGAGAGGGAGAAGCAAGAGAAGAAGGAGCAGGCAGAGAGAGAGGAGAGGGAGAAGCGGGAAGCUGCUGAGACGAGGCGGAGAUUGGAUGCUUUGGAGAAAGUGGAGCGGGAAGCUUCCCGGGCUAAAGAGAGUGCAACUAAGCAGAAAGACGAGGCAAACACAGAGCAAACGAUCGAGGACAGCACGAAUCAGAUGAAGAGGAUGUCUCUAGAACCAACACAGGCCCUGGAAUAG